GAAGUGAAAAUAUAGAUAGUAUUGUCGUUUUCUCGGUCAACCAAUGACGUGCAGGACGAUGACUUGGGAGACAUUCUUAGAAAAAUAAGGCGGAUUUUUACUUUUUUAGCAGUGUUUGCAGACGGCGCCAUGGUGACGACAUUAAACUGUACUUACCUGACUUGACUGGGACAUAGCCUGUCUUUGUUAACUUAACAAAACAAAACUCCUUCCAGAAAAAAAUAUGCCUAAUAGACGAAAUCAGAGGGGAACAUUCAAAAACACAGAUAAACAUCCUGCCAGGCGUCAUGACAGUCCCCAAGAUGACAGCAUCAGCCAGGUGGUCCUGUAUGACAAGAACUCUACCAGAAAGACUGGCGAUCCGUACAGCUACUCGGAGUCAUACCAGGACUCAAGUGUUACAGUCCCCGAUGAGCGAUGGCUAGCUGGCAGAAAGCGAGAAAAAUAUCGUGGAGGAGACCACCGCCCUCUUGAGCGACCGCUGAUAACUGGAGCCACGUCUGAUGACCUUGACUCCUCAAAUAGCUACUCCUAUGAAAGUUCACGAGAUCGAGGUCGCCAGGUCAAGGUCGUGACAUCUCCUGGACGAAAAACAGAAAUUCCAAUGGCCAAAAUGCGCCAAAAACACGAACGCCACAAAGAUUACCACCGCCGCCUAACAGAGAGCGCACUUGCCCAGCAUAGAAAUAAACACGGUUACCCUAGUGGUAGAUAUCCUCGAAAUGAUGCCUACAAUCAUUAG